UGUGAUUUUCACAACCCGACUGCAAAAUUAUAUUGCGUAUUUCUGCCAUAAUUAAUUUUCACCACCUUGGCGGUGGAAUAAUUGUAACAACCCAUUAGCGGUUGCUGAUGUCAGUUCACUUAAUUAUGAUUAAAUCACUGUGCAUUUUCAUAUCCUUUGCGGCUGCUGUUCAAGCUCAAUGGUGGAAGCCAAUCAGCAACAACCCGGCCAUUAAUCCCAAAGCUCCGCCUCUUCCGGCCCCAGCCACGGGAGGCACCGCCGUCGGCGAUUCCAAUACACCGACCAAAGUGUUACCAACAUCACUAUGUGGUCGGCCGACGAACAGUCCGGACGCUCUGUGGGCCACCGGUUCCAGGAUCGUCGGCGGUGUGGAGGCGCAGGAAGAAAGCUGGCCAUGGAUUGUGGCGCUCAUCCAGUUCCGGCCGGAGUACAUGCCGCCCGUCUACCAAUUUUGUGGUGCCAGUCUGAUUAGCGACCGCUGGAUCGUGACUGCCGGUCACUGCGUGGACAACCACCCCGACGACUUCAUCACCACCCACAUUAAAGCGGUGGUCGGGAUUACCGAUUUAAAGCAGGUGCUCACCCAGCCGGAGCUGCUACUGCCCAUCUCUCGGGUCUUCCACCAUCCGGACUACGACAAUCCCAAGGACACCACAAACAACGACGUGGCAUUGCUGGAAUUAGCGCAACCGGUCAAGUUCACGUCGCGUAUUCAACCUAUCUGCCUACCGACGCAUCCGUCCACGGAUGUGGUCAACGCCGCCAAUAUCGACAAAGAACGCGACGGGAAGAAAGUGGCGUUCGUUGCUGGAUGGGGCCAUCUGGUGGAAAACCAAGGAAGAACCGACAAUAAUUUCGCCGUUCCUAUCUUGGGCGCCGGCUCGGAUAAAUUAGAGCAAGUGGCGAUCGGUUUAUACGACCGGGCUACGUGCGUUAAACAGUUGGAGGGGUUCACCUUCACUGAAGCUAUGAUUUGUGGUGGAUUUCCGGAAGGCGGGAAAGAUUCCUGUCAAGGUGACAGCGGUGGCCCGUUAGUGGCUAAGGACAAAGAUGGGCAUCACGAGCUGAUCGGGGUGGUGUCGUGGGGGAAGGGCUGCGCGCAACCCGGUGUGCCGGGAAUCUAUUCGAAUGUGUUCUACCUCAAGAACUGGAUCGAAAGUACUAUUGCCAACGCCACCAAAUCGACAUGAAUUUAACCAUCUAGAAGAAAUUUCAUUUUAUUAAAAACCUUCCGUUGCACAUAUACUGAUCGAUGCUAAAGUUAUAUAAUUUUGAACAAAGAAACAGUUAAACCCUAAACGAUAUCAAUUUAACGUUGGUGUCAACAAGUGAUGACAACUUGA